AAGUGAAGGAAAAAAAAACUAAAAUGAUGUAAAAGAAAGUUUUUAUUUUUCCGUGAGUUUUUAUUUUUAUUUUUUUGAACUUUCGUUUUUUCCGUGAGUUGCUGGUUUAUGGGAGAAUCGUGUCAUAUUAAUUUCCUUUUUUUAAAAUUCUUGAUUAAUUUUUUAAGUAAAUAAUAUUCUCGAGAGAGUGAAAAAGAUCUUGUGUGGGUCGCCAUUAUAUAUGCAGCUACCUCUUUCUCCAUCUUCUCCUCUUCGAAAGUUACUGAAACCCACUUUCGUUUUUUUUUCUUCUUUUCUUUCUGAAGUGUGGAAAGUCAAUACCCCCAAAAGGAGUAAUGGAUGUUAACAUGAGUUUUUCACAAGAUAUGGAUGAUGAGUAUGAGAAGCUCAUCAGAAGAAUGAAUCCACCCAGGGUUGUGAUUGAUAAUGACUCUUGCAAGAAGGCAACUGUGAUAAGGGUUGAUAGUGCAAAUGAAUAUGGGAUUCUUCUUGAAGUUGUACAAAUUCUCACUGAUCUUGACCUCACUAUCACCAAAGCUUACAUAUCCUCUGAUGGUGGUUGGUUCAUGGAUGUAUUUAAUGUCACUGACCAAGAUGGGAACAAAGUCACUGAUGAAGUUGUUCUGGACUAUAUCCAAAAAUCUCUUGGGCCUGAAGCUUGUUUCUCCACUUCUUUGAGAUCUGUUGGUGUCAUACCAUCAACAGACAGCACGCUUAUCGAGUUAACAGGUUGUGACAGACCAGGUCUGCUCUCUGAACUCACAGCAGUCCUGACCCACCUCAAAUGCAAUGUCUUAAACGCCGAGGUCUGGACACACAACACAAGAGCAGCUGCUGUGAUGGAGGUGACAGAUGACUUAACCGGUUCAGCCGUCUCUGAUCCGGAGAGGCUCUCACGGAUCAAGAGUCUUCUCAGGAAUGUGCUCAAAGGAAGCAACACGCCAAAGGAAGCCAAAACGGUUGUCUCUCACGGGGAGGUCCACACGGAUAGGAGGCUUCAUCAGAUGAUGUUUGAAGACAGAGACUAUGAGAACCGUGUGGUGGACGAUGAUCUAUCCUCCAACGUCCAAGAUGAAAGGCAGAGACCAGAUGUUUGUGUUGAUAAUUGGCUAGACAAGGACUACUCUGUGGUCACGGUUAGAUGUAAAGACAGACCAAAGCUUCUGUUCGACACUGUCUGUACUUUGACUGAUAUGCAAUAUGUUGUUUUCCAUGGAAGCGUUGAUACUGAAGGCACAGAGGCAUUUCAGGUAAAAAAAUCUCACCAUACUAGAACAAGAAAGUUUCCUCUUAAAAUCAAUUUUCUUAUCAGUCUUUUUUCUUGCGCGUUACAGGAGUAUUAUGUGAGACAUAUAGAUGGUUCCCCUGUAAAAUCAGAGGCAGAGAAGCAAAGAAUCAUACAAUGUCUUGAAGCAGCUAUCAAAAGAAGAGUAUCUGAGGGAUUGAAGUUGGAGCUGUGCACGACGGAUAGAGUAGGGUUGUUGUCAAAUGUGACUCGCAUAUUCCGUGAGAACAGCCUAACGGUCACGCGAGCCGAAGUGAAAACCAAAGGAGGCAAAGCUCUGAACACAUUCUAUGUCAGCGAUGCGUCUGGCUACUCCAUCGAUGCCAAGACCAUAGAUUCCAUAAGACAAACCAUAGGUCAAACUAUCCUCAAAGUUAAGAGCAAGCCUAGAGAACAACAACAAAGAGAGAAACCGUCUUCGCAAGAAUCCCCGACAAGGUUUCUCUUUGGAGGUCUCUUCAAGUCUAAAUCUUUCGUCAACUUUGGCUUGGUUCGGUCCUACUCUUGAAGACACAUCUUGGCUUAGGCUUCGAGGUUAAGUCUCCUCUAGGUUUUUUAACUGCUUCUUUAAACUUGAGACGAAUCUGUAAAUGUAUCACCGGGUAUAACCUUAACUCUUGGUCUAGGAUCCAACCAAGGUAGGGAAAAAAAAGACAAAAAGGUUUAAGUUGAUGUCAUGACUAAAUUGUUAAGUGUCAACCUCUUCUGUAUAUAGUAUCAGCUUCUAAUAAUUAUCACCAUUUAAUCUUA